UUGGUGAAGCAAACAUUGCUAGAGCAAUGUUUGAACAGAUGAGUGGAAAUUUCCAAUAUGAAGAUGCUGUUGAAAUUGAAUGUGUAGAGACUAGUCAGAGUCAAUCUACAGAUGUUAGGAAUGAUGCAUCACCAUCAACUAGUGAAUCUUAUGUACCUGGCAAAAAGUUAAUUAAAAAGAGAGAUAUUGAUCAAGAUUUAUUUGUUCAAGUUCUUGAAAUUGAAAGAAUAAAAGAAAGCAGAAAAUCAACAAAUUUUUGGAUCAAUGUGAUGCUUGAGCAGACCCUGGCAAAAAGAUCAGAAAGGGGAAAGAAGAAGCUUAUUAAAAUUAUUUUUGAUAUUCUCUUCAACUUUGACACUGAUGAAGAAGAAUGAAAAAUAUUAUAUAUUGUUAUUAUUUCAUUGGAGGCUUUUAUAUUAUUUUAAU